CGGUCACCAUGUGUGGUGUCGCGUUGCUCAGGGUCUCUGAAUGACAGAAAGGACAUGAAUAAAUGCUUGUGUGUGGUAGGGAAGUCACAUCAUGCCGGAUCUAAUCACUCCUGUAUGUAGCUGUGCACAUUUCUCAUGGCGCUUUGUGUGUUUAGACACAGGACGGGUACAACUUUGAUUAGUUUAGCAGGUCAGUCAGUAGACAUCCCUUAGCAAAGCUAACGCUAGCUGACUCACGUUUGGUGACUACCGUAACACUUCACAAGUUAAUACGAAACAUUUGAGUUUUAGGAGCUGCUGAACCGAUGGGAUAUUGAAGUCAGGUCCCUGUCAGACUGUGGUCUUGUCCCUCUGUUGGCAGACCGUUGGGAGCAGAAGCUUGUUUGGGAUGCAGCGGUUAGUGUGCGCUAGAGUCUUCCGGCAGACUGCUGUCCUGCUGCAGAUCAGUCCUCCGCCCCGCAGCCGUCCCGCGGCCCACAGCUGCUGGAAACACCUGAGCUCUCAGAGAAACACCAGCAGAGAUCAUCCGGGAAGCCCUGCUCCAGGGCAGGAGGAUCCGGACCCUCUGCAGGACAAAUCCAGCGGCCUCAUUCAGAGAUUCAAGAAAACCUUUAAGCAGUACGGCAAAGUCGUGAUCCCUGUGCACCUGCUGACCUCUACAGUGUGGUUCGGCACUUUUUACUACGCUGCAAUGAAAGGAGUGAACUUGGUGCCAUUUCUCGAGUACGUUGGGUUUCCUGAUAAGGUGGUGAAACUCCUGGAGAAUUCUCAGAGCGGCUACGCACUGACCGCUUAUGCCAUGUACAAGAUCGCCACACCUGCGCGCUACACGGUGACUCUCGGAGGAACGUCGCUGUCUGUGAAGUACCUGAGGAAGCACGGGUACAUGUCCACCCCUCCGCCCGUGAAGGAAUACCUGCAGGAGAAGAUGGAGGAGACCAAGGAUCGUAUAUCCGAGAGGAUGGAGGAAACGAAAGACAAGUUCACAGAAAAACUUCAAGAAACCAAAGACAAAGUGUCUUUCCGGAAGAAAAAGGAAUAGGUUUAUAGACUUACAAAAGGUCACGAAGUGACUUUAUCCCCCCAUGAUUUCAUUUAGAUUCACUUUAUUUAACAAUAUAAUGCACUUAAGGCAACAACAUGUCUCAUGCAUAUAUGAAGUAGUGUAAUGUAGCCUGUAAGCUCUACACUUACUGUUCACAAAAUCUGCUAAACUAUCACAAGUGAGAUUCAUAAGUUGACCUUAGUUCCUAGAUAUAAAAUGUCAGUCUGCUGAAAGCCGUUGGACUCUACUUGAAGUGUUUUUAACGGAUGAGAGUGUGUUUUCUAAAGAGAACGGCAGGUGUAAUGUGUCCAGUAUCGUAUAUGUAAUAUUUUGUUGACUUUACCACAUAGCACUGGCUCUUUCAAUUCAUGCAUUUGUGAAAUGUUAUUUCAAUUAUGGAUUCUAAACAGCAGACUUGUCACAUACGUUGCUGAGAAUGAAAUGGUUGUGUCAUUAAAAUCUUGGCUGCGUCUGAAAGCCUAGGCAGCUGCCUUAUGAGGCAAUGACUUUGCAGGCAGCGUUUUUGCACGAAGGCACCUCACGAAACUGAUUUCGGACAGGCUUCUGAGGCAGCGUAACGGAUUAAUGAUCCACAACAAAAUAGAACUAGUU